AUACUUUGAACCUAUACUCAUAAAAUUGUCUUUGAAAUUUUUCCUUAAUGCUGGGCCGAACAACUCCAGGCUAGUUCUCUGCAUUAAACAUUGAAAUACUUUUUUAGCUAAUUUUAUAACGGUGCUAGUUUUGCCGGCGCAUGUGGGGGUGUAAUAUUAUUACAAAUUUAUGACGAACAUACUAAACUAGGGUGACCACUAAUGCUAACAGCCCCACAGGAAAAGUAGUUCAACAGGACAGGUAGAAGUCAAUAAACCUAUUGGCCAUAAGAUGUCGGCGUCUUUAGGCGGGAAAUCGCCGGCUCUGAAUCACGGAGCCAAGGGUGGCUUUGUCAGGGUGAGGAAGAGAGAUCUAGAGAAGCUGACCACAGAGGUCAUGCAGCUGAGGGAGUUCCUGCCCAGAGUUCUGAGUGGGGACCUGAUUGACUUGCUGCAUAGAGCUCGAGCAACUCUGACAGUGAAGGACCACCUUGCGCAGGAACAGGAGCAGUUGCGACGGGAGUGUCUGCACCUUCAGUCCCGACUGGAUGCAUUGCAGUCUGACUGUCAGAGAGAGAGGGAGGAGAAACUGCUGUUGCGUGAACAGCUGUGGCAGAGUGCGGCAGAGCUGCAGCAGCAGGCCGACUUCUGCUCCGGUCUGGGAUCUGCCACCUGCAGCCUGCUGUGGAGCUGCUCUGCCACUGAGGACACGGUCACACACUGGCUGGCUGAUGGGAAGCUGCAGUCUUUUCUGACUGUAGCUGCUCAGACUCUGGAGAGCUUCGUCAGGUCUUUGGAUGAGGAUGUGAAAACUCAAACUGAGGACCACAACUCCCAGGAGCACCAGUUUGUUUUGGCUCUGGCUGGAACCAUUACUAACAUAGCAGCAGCGACCUGUGGGCGGAACUUCCUGUCCAGCUCGGCUCACAUCCUACUGGACACUCUGAUGAAGCUUCUGGAGCUGAUGAAGCCUGGUGUCUUCCCCAAACUGAAGGUGUACGUGGAACUGUGGUUGAUGCUGAUGGCUCUGUAUAAUGUCAGCAUCAGUGUUAAAGGGCUGAAGUACAUCAGUGAGAACCCAGGACUCCUGCCUCUCAUCUGGACCCUGCUGAACGAUGGAGACUGGGAGGUGUGUCUCCACUCUCUGCGUCUCCUGCAGUCAGUGUUGUUGGAGGAGGAGGUGCUGCUCCUGCUGGGCUCCUCUCUGCUGGAUCCAGACCUCCAGGCUCGCGUCAGCCAGCUCAGCUCUAGUGCGAAACCAAGCUUGCGACUGGCUGCCCAGCAGACCCUGGAGGAUCUGCAGGCCCUCCGACAGGCUCGGGGAUGUAAACAGAACAGCCUUUGAUGUGGAUUCAACAUCUUCAGUCCAGUCCUCCUCCUCCUGUUUUAACUUCCGUUCAUGUCAAAUUAGAGCCAUCUGUGUUUUGGCUCUCAUUAGUACUUCAUGUGAAAAGUGAGGAGAAAAUCUAGAGAUGAAACUUUUCAUUCGUUCAGUUUCUUUCAAGGUAAUCCUACAUAUUAAAGUAAAAGAGAGAACCUUUUAUAUCUAAACUUUUCUAACUUUUUGAGCCUUCAGAUUUGUUCAUAUUGUAUUUUAAUUGGUUGUUACCUGCUUAAUAUGAAUAUGAUAGUACUGGUUUGUACAAGACAUAUUAAA